AUGCGUAUGAAUAAUGUGGUUUAUAGGAUCGUUCGGACCAAGGAAACAAAAUUCUUUGUAUCGGUUAGAGAGCAGACCAAAUCACCGGUUGACAUGCGAGUGGGCAUUCAUACGGGCGGAGUGUUGGCCGGAGUGCUCGGACAGAAACAGUGGCAGUUUGACGUCUAUAGUCGUGACGUCGAGUUGGCCAAUAAGAUGGAGAGCGCCGGCAAACCCGGUGUACGGCAAGGCUUAUGGCGAAUCCAAUGCCAGAUUCUGAGCCAUUCAAAAGCACUUUUGCCAACUUAUAUGUCGACUAAUCCUUAUGUCAAAAUCACAGAAUAUUCCGGGAGAGUUCACAUAUCGGAGAAGACAUUGAGUUUUUUGAACGGAGAGUUUGAAGUGGAGGACGGAGACGGGUCUUCACGGGAAGAGGCCAUACGAAUGGCGGCAAUCAAAACAUAUUUCAUCGUUCGUGUCAUUAAACCAAUGUUUGAAUAUCCCGAAGGGACACUUGAUAUGAUGCAAACCACUGCUGACAAUUGUGCUGAAGAUAUCCCACAAGAGUCAACAAAACUUCAAAACAAGCCUUUAGAGAGUGGCAUCACAUCCAUGGAUGACAUUAAAGAUCCGGAAGAAUAUAAGCGACGCCUGUAUCAGGAGUUGUUGAAUCGAGACGGAGAGAAGAAUAUGUCAGAACACACCCAACCAUUUACGCUAAACUUUAAAGACAAGACAUUUGAGCACCAGUACCGCAACAGUCGUGAUAUAACCAGUUGUGUAUCAUUAGUGGGGUUGCCGUUAACGCUAUUUUGCUAUUUGAUCGCAUACUUACUCAUUGGUCUGCCGCGAUUAUCAACUUAUAUGGUAUUAUUCUUAUGCGUAACUCUACUCAUAGCCAAAGCAUUUGUCUGCACCGCUCCUAUCAUAUGCAAUCAUUGUAUGGGAAACAAGGCGUUAACUAUACGGGCCGUAUUGCACAGCGUGUCCAUCACCUGA